AUGCCAUUUUCACAUCUUUGCUCUAUUUGCUCUAGACCCGCCCAAGGAUAUCACUAUGACGUCAUUUCUUGUAAAGGAUGCAAAACUUUUUUUCGAAGAAUGUGGCUGUCUAAAAUAAAAGAAAUGUGUCCCCUGAACAACAAAUGCUUCGAUUUCAAUAGACGAAUUAACAUGUCGUUGUCCAAGUGUAGAGCAUGCCGAUUCCAAAGAUGCUUAAAUGUUGGCAUGAACCCUGCCGCAAUUCAAUGCGAUGGAAAUCCGAAAAAAGACAGUUCUCAUUUCCGAGAUUUUGACUCAAUUGACGAAAAAAUUAAAAACAUUAUCGACACGUUGACCUAUGUUGAGUUAAAACUAGAAAAUUACCGAAAAUCUGCUUACAAUCCAGUAUUAUCACUAUCUACUGGUUUAGACGAUUUGAUAGAAGGGAGUUGUUCAUUGAGUUUGGCAGAAAUAUAUGGGCCAAUGUCAGGCUGGCCGUUAGGAUUCGAAGAACACCAACUUCCAUCGUCAAGCAUGAGGAAUGUCUCCUGUGAGGAGCCAUGUCCAGUUUCAAAUAGAAAAUAUUGGACUCAUUGCAACAUGUUGACUACAAUCGAAUAUUUUAAAACUUUCAAAUUUUUUCAUGAGUUAUCAUCAAGAGAUAAGUUCGUUUUGGCUCGACAUACACUUUUAUUAUGUCAAAAUUUACACAUAUCGCAUUACACAGUUUCACAUAAUUUUGAUUCCUGCCUGCAACCAGAUGGAUCAAUGCAGCCGAAGCAAGACGAACGGCAUUACCCAAUAGCAAUGAUGUCGAUUGAGCCACUCGUCCGAUGCAAAAUCCAGCAUGUAGAAUAUGUUCUAUUGAAAGCUAUCUGUUUUUGUAAUCCAGCUGUCCCAGAGCUUUCUCAAAAUGCACAAAGGAUAUUGGCAAAAGAACGUUAUUGUUUUGCUGAUAUACUCAUUAACCACUGCCUUCGAAAUUAUACCGACGGUCCUGGACACUUUGCAGAACUGAUUGGGAUUUUUAAUCUUUUGGAAACACAACAGAGAAUGUUCAAAGACUUGCACAUUAUGUAUGUUGUUCCGCUGAUGAACAAAUUUUCAAGAGAGCUUAUAAAGUUUCUUUCUGAUGUCAUGGACGUCUGAGAAACUACAUAUAAUAGCAUUUUUUAAGAAACGAUCAGUUUCUGAGAUAAAGUGUGUUCUUGUUAA